GGAGGCCUGAGAUAACGGGCUGGUUUUGAAAGUUUUUGAUGUAACGGGCUGGUUUGAAGGUUUUGGAAGGAUAAGCGGAGCGAGGCAGCCUGCCCGCGCUCGGAGCUCAAAAACUGCGGUUAGAAACGCCGGCGCAUCCCGCGCCUGCAUCACCCGCUCCGUCCCUCGGCCUUUGGGGCGCUUCUGGGUGCGAUUCUCGCACACGCACACAAAAGUAAAGGGGGUCGGGAGACCCCGGCCCCGGGGAGCGGCCCAGAGCCGCGCCCGCGCCCGCCGCGGCCGGGAGAGGCGGCGGGGCCCGGCCGCGCUUCCCGCCGCCCCCCCGCCGGCGCAGCCCCUUGGCCCCGGGGCCGGCGGCCAUGGGCAGCGGCAGCAGCCGGCGGCGGGGCGCGGCGGCGGCGGCGGCGGCGCCCGCGGGCAGAGCGGCGGCGGAGGACCGGGAGCUGCUGGAGAGGGUGCUGGCCGAGUGCGAGGAGGCGGCGGCGCUGCCCGGCCCCGGCCGCCGAGCCCCGGCCGCCGGCGGCAUCCCCCCGGCCCGGGGCGCCGGGCGCUGCGGGGAGGCGGCGGCGGGAGGCGGCGGCGGCGGCGGGGGGGGGCCCCCGCCCGAGCAGGCGGCUUUGUCACCCAGAAGGCCACCAGGCCCAGAGAACAACGCCGACCAUCAGUGCCCAGAGAGGAACGGCAAGAAGCCGGCGGGACAGUCCACAAUAUCAUAUGAUUACUCGGAGGAGGAGCUCAUGGCAAGCAUCGAGCAGGAGUACUGCCGCUGAACCCAACCCCCUGCCACGAGAACUGCAAGCACGUUCCUGGAAGCCCAGCUGGAGCAAAACGGCUGCUGACAACACCUCACACAGUGAGAUGGCACAGGAGAGGUGGGUGGUGAAGGGAGGUGAAGCGUGAGGGGCAGUGCGGCUGCUUGGGAAGCAUGGAGGAGAAAGCCCUCCUGACCAGUUCUGAGUGAGAGCGUGAAGAUCCUCACCAACUGCUAAUUUCUGAUCGGUGCUGCUGUAAGAAGGACCAAUUCACCUUGCAAAUCAAUAUUUAGAAGCUCAUUUCUAAAUGGUAUUUACAAAUGAAGAUGUACUACAAUUGAAGUGUCAUACUAGAAGUUUUGAGGAAUGGUGCUUUGAAGGAAGAUAAUGUUUUCUCUUAGCAGAAGAAAAAUGCAGCAAUAUCAUUCAGUUCAGAUCUCAUUUAAGGGAGUGUUGCAUGAAAUUAAUAUUCCUGCCACUUAAAACAGGCCAAAUUCACUCCUUGCACUGUGCAGGCCUCCAGGUCUAAAUUUGGCACUGUUUCUUCAAAUGUGGUCCCCAGCAUGGGAUGUAAGAUGAAAAGGGGACUGAGCCCUCCAUCCAGUACACAGGCAGUGUCAUCCCAGAGUUCAAAUCCCACCACUUAGGCAAACGAGGCUCCUGGAACCUAAUAGGGAGCAUAGGAUUUCUGUCCCUUCAGGGUGGGUUGCCAGCACCAGUGUGGUACCUGGGGCUCCUUGGCGUGGAUCCUCCAGCAAAAGCAGGAGGCAUGUCCCUGGUGCUGCCUUGUUGUGCACAGUGAUCAUCCAUCUUUAGAGGGAUUUGCACUCUGUUGCAGAGCAGCUCUUUGUGAUCAGUUUUCAGAAUUAUCAGUCCUGGCCUUCCCAUUUAUUUCUUGUAGGUAACCUAGAAGAGAAAACACUAUAUUCUACCAUUAGCUGACUGCAAAAUAAAAUAGAAAGUUGGCUCUCCAGAGAAAAAUAUGUAUUUUCAGUGCUCCCUGACAGGGAAGCCUGGUAUUUCAGGGUUUCUGCCUUUAUUUUACCUGCACCGUAAUGUAUUAUGAGUAGCUGCUUAUUAUCAGAAGUAGAAAAAUACCUUAUUUCUGUCUUCAUAAAAGACAUCAGAUGAAAUCUUCACAUAGACUGUAUAAAUGCAAGAGGAAACAGCAGGACACGUCUUAAGAUGCUGCAUUUUACCUUCUUUGUAAUUCCUGGUAUCUGUGAAACAGAAAUAAACGCAUCUGUACUCUAUGUAGCUCUCAGUAAAGGCAUCAAAUGUUUUGAAAAAGGCU